CCAACAUGAAGUCCUACUACUUUUCUUUCGUGUUGAUGGGACUCAUGUGUUCUUUCGUUCUCGGAUGGGACUGCGGUCUAACGAACGGCGGCGAUGGUGUAUGUCGACCAAGCCCUGCGGAAGUCGCGAAAGGAGGUGUAUCACAAUUGUGUUCUCAGGACCAUCCGUGCAAGGUGCAGGGGGAUGGGUGCAUUCCGAACGCUUCGAAUGGAGGUUCUAGAGCCAACUGCAGCUAGAGUUGUGAAUUGCUGGAUAGGCGUUGAAAUGGGGUAUCGAGCGGAGCGGCUAGGAGAGAAGAAGCAGGCAUGUUGGUGUACGCCUCCGAUAGCUGAUUUAACACUACUCGAAAUGACGCCGUGUAUCACAUGGUCGUGUUGAUGAGUAGUCGUUUGUGAGUCUGUAUUCGAGAAGAUAUCAAGCGUUGCUCGUUGAAUCAAACAGCUGCUGGUUGGACUGAGCUUGUUGACCAAUUCCUGGUUGCAAGAGUACCUUGACUUAAGAAAGAAUACAAUGCUGGUUCUUUCUGCAGUGCCGCUGGCGCCAGUGCUAUCCAUGAGCUUGGCUCAUGAAAAGGGGAGCGGCAAAUGUACCUCCGUACCUUGAUGAGUGACCUACAACCUUCACACCAGAAUGCAGUCAGUCUUCACGGCUGCAGCUUUGUUCC